AUGACGACACUAACGAAGAGCAAGCUGGAUGGGAAGCUGCUGCCGAUCGGCUUGCAGAUCCUGCAGGCCAUUGGCUUUGUAGACGUGGGCGAGGCGUUGGUAUUGCCUCCCGGAGAUCCAGCAGAGGAGUUCCUGCAGGCCAAGGAGCUCUUGGAUUGCCUCACGCUGUCAGCAGACGGACAGGUGGCUGAAGGUGCAGAUGUGGAAGCCGAAGAUCCAGAGCUGGCAGAGGCCUUGCGUUUAUCGCUAGAUCCUCCAGACGCGAAGCGGCCCCGCUCGGAUUCGCCGGGUGCAGGAGCUGAUGCCGACCGCGCCUUGGCCGAGCGCCUGGAGCGGGAGUCCAAGGAGGAGGCCGAGCGCGCCGACGUGGCUUUUGAGCGCUUCCGUGCGGAGGACGUCCAGAUUGAACAGGACGCGGUGGAAAAGAUAAAUGAGUUCUGCCGAGAGUCUGGCGAGAAAUAUGUCGAUCCACAAUUUCCUCCGACUUCCAAGUCGCUCUAUCUCAGCCCUGCCGAUGCCGCAAGUUGGGCGUGCCUGAAUUGCAAGGCUCUGUCGCCGCUGCCGCCCUCCCCGCCGUUGCCAAAGUCGCAAGAGGAGGCUCAGCAGCAGGAGGCGGACUUUGCAGCCAAAGUGCGGUGCGUGGGAUGCGGCGAGCCGGCGCACUAUGCGAUCAAGGUCCAUUUCUUUUCAAGACCCACACAGUGGCUGAGACCCGGCGAGCACUGCCAAGGGUGUGAGCUUCUGUACGGGCACCUCGCUGCGGGGAAGGAGCUUCUUCCUCGUUUAUGCCCUCAUUUUCUGCGCGACUCUAUGUCGAAUACGACCAUUGGUUCACCUUGGAAGCUGAUCCGCGGCGAAGCUCGUGCAGAGGACGUGUGUCAAGGUGGCCUGGGCAAUUGCUGGUUUGCGGGCGCGCUGAGCGUCGUUGCCACCUGCCCCAAGAUGGUGGAGAAUCUGUUUGAGACCAAGGAGUUCAACCCGAACGGGGCCUAUUUGCUUCGACUCCAUCAUGCCGGAAGUUGGCGAAGGAUUCUGAUCGAUGACCUUCUUCCGACAUCUCAGACAUUUGAAGGUUACGUAGAUGGGGGAACUAUCUACUACUCCCGCGGUGGAACCCUCUGCUACCUUCAAGGUUCUCGGCGACAGCUUUGGGUGCCUUAUGUCGAGAAGGCAGCGGCAAAGCUUUUCGGGAACUAUGCCGGCAUGAAGGGCGGGACCUUCGGAGAGGCUUGGAAGCUAGACGGUCAGACGCGAUAG